AAGAAGUCCUUUGCGCUCGACCACGCUCAUAAGAGAAAACAGCGUGUGUGGUUCUUGACGUGCCGCGAACCUUCGAACACAAGUGCGAUACUACCCAGCGAGGAAGCGUUCCAGCGACUCGUCUGUUCUCGCCAUCGCAGUUACCAGCGCAACGUGCUGUUUCCGCCCCAGGCUCGAUGCCCCUCACAGGCCCAUCCCAUGGCCCUCGUUUCUGCUGAUUCCCGAAUUGCAGAGCUUCUCACAGAGCUCCACCAGCUGAUCAAGCAAACCCAGGAAGAGCGUUCGAGAAGUGAGCACAACUUGGUGAACAUCCAGAAAACCCACGAGCGAAUGCAGACAGAGAACAAGAUUUCUCCGUAUUACCGGACAAAGCUGCGUGGCCUCUACACAACCGCCAAGGCCGAUGCAGAGGCCGAGUGCAACAUCCUCCGCAAAGCGCUGGAUAAGAUAGCUGAGAUCAAGUCUCUGUUGGAAGAGAGGCGGAUUGCGGCCAAGAUCGCAGGUCUCUACAAUGACUCGGAGCCCCCACGGAAGACCAUGCGCAGAGGGGUGCUGAUGACACUGCUGCAGCAGUCAGCCAUGACCCUACCCCUCUGGAUCGGGAAACCUGGUGACAAGCCCCCACCCCUCUGUGGAGCCAUUCCAGCCUCAGGGGACUAUGUGGCCAAACCCGGAGACAAGGUGGCUGCCAGGGUGAAGGCUGUGGAAGGGGAUGAGCAGUGGAUCCUAGCUGAAGUAGUCAGUUACAGCCAUGCCACCAACAAGUAUGAGGUAGACGACAUUGAUGAAGAAGGCAAAGAGAGACACACCCUGAGCCGUCGGCGCAUCAUCCCACUACCACAGUGGAAAGCUAACCCUGAGACAGACCCUGAGGCCUUGUUCCAGAAGGAGCAGCUGGUACUGGCCCUAUAUCCCCAGACCACCUGCUUCUACCGCGCCCUGAUCCACACACCCCCACAGCGGCCUCAGGAUGACUACUCCGUGCUGUUUGAAGACACCUCCUAUGCAGAUGGCUACUCCCCUCCCCUCAAUGUGGCCCAGAGGUACGUGGUGGCUUGUAAGGAGCCCAAGAAAAAGUGAAGCGGGCUGGCAGGCUUGAGUCUGCACUGCCACCCUCAUGGGAGAAGGCAACAAAGGAGUUCCUGUGAGCAAAUAAACACUCUUCCCUCUCAUGUGUCUCUUGGGCCUCACUACGUCAGACCUCUUGCCCUCCUUUAUCAGGCACGUGGGACAGAUGGCUGCAGGAGGGAGGAGGCCCAGUCAGCCCCCAGUGGCUUUUAUUCUUUCAGG